GUUGCCAGGGAAGACAGGAACUUCGCUCCUGGUCUCUCUCCCCGAGUGUCCCCAGAAAUUAUGCUCCUUCUCUCACCAUGAACUGGCUGUCUAGCUCUCAGGGAGUUGUGCUGACUGCCUAUCAUCCCAGCAGCAAGGAUAGUGCCCUGGACGGGCAGAAUGCCAAGGCGGGGAAAGAAGCCGCCCUGACCAGUCGCAGGUCUGGCCAAUAUACAAUGAACCAUGAAAGCUCCAAAAAAGUUGCAGAAAAGCCACCAUUUGAUCGAUCAAGUUCCCAGGAUUCGUUGGAUGACUUAUCUUUUGAGGACUAUUGGACAGAACUGGAAAAUAUUAAAAAAUCUAGAGAGAACAGACAUGAAGAACAAGAAGAGGUUGUCGUAAAAGAGCCUGAUGAGGGAGAAUUAGAAGAGGAAUGGCUGAAAGAGGCUGGUUUGUCAAACCUCUUUGGAGACUGUGCUGGAGAUUCUCAAGAAAGCAUGAUAUUCUUAUCAACAUUGACCCGGACUCAGUCAGCGGCAGUACAGAAACGAGUCGAGACUGUCUCCCAGACAAUGAGGAAGAAAAACAAGCAGCACCAAAUCCCUGAUGUCAGAGACAUCUUUGCUCAACAGGGAGAGUCAACAGAAAAAGUUCCAUAUGGCAGUGAGUUGGAAUCAGUCAGAACAAAUGAAAACAAAUAUGAAGAAAAACAUGAUCUGGCCUCUAACUCUGGAAUUAGUGAGAAGAACAGCCUAUACCUGCCUGAAGAUGUACCUGUUUCUGAAACGGACAUCAACCUAGAGAUUUCCUUUGCAGAGCAAGCAGCCAAUUUGAAAGAGACCUCAAAAGAAAAGCUUCUGGAGAACAAAGAAGAGUACAAUUCACUACCUAGUUUCAGACUGCCAAAGGACAAAACCGGUAACACAAGGAUUGGUGACCUGGCACCCCAGGACAUGAAGAAGGUUUGCUACUUAGCUCUCAUUGAGUUGACUGCACUGUAUGAUAUACUUGGAAUUGAGCUCAAGCAGCAAAAAGCUGUGAAAAUGAAAACAAAAGACUCCGGUCUUUUUGGUGUUCCCCUGUCAGUAUUGCUAGAGCAGGAUCAGAAGAGAGUCCCAGGGACGAGGAUACCCUUGAUCUUUCAAAAAUUGAUUUCUCGAAUAGAAGAGGGAGGAUUAGAAACUGAAGGGCUUUUACGGAUACCUGGAGCUGCAGUAAGGAUAAAGAACCUUUGCCAGGAACUGGAAGCAAAGUUUUAUGAAGGGACUUUUAACUGGGAGAGUGUCAAGCAGCACGAUGCCGCCAGCCUUUUGAAGCUUUUCAUUCGAGAGCUGCCUCAACCAUUGCUCAGUCUAGAAUAUCUCAAAGCUUUUCAGGCUGUACAGAAUCUUCCAUCCAAGAAGCACCAGCUCCAGGCUCUGAACCUUCUUGUCAUUCUUCUUCCUGAGACCAAUAGAGACACCCUGAAGGCCCUGCUUGAGUUCCUUCAAAGAGUAAUAGACCACAGAGAAAAAAAUAAAAUGACCGUGAAGAAUGUGGCCAUGAUUAUGGCCCCCAAUCUAUUUAUGUGCCCUGGAUUGAGCAUCAGGCCCAAUGAACAAGGAGAAUUUGUGAUGGCUGCUGGGACAGCUGGCGUAAUGCAUUUCUUAAUUAAAUAUCAGAAACUUCUUUGGACGAUUCCCAAGUUUAUUGUGACCCAAGUGAGGAAGCAAAAUAGUGAAAACCAAAAAAAAGACAAAAAGGACAAAGCUAUGAAGAAACUACUUAAGAAGAUGGCUUAUGACCGAGAAAAGUAUGAAAAACAAGACAAAAAUCCAAGUGAUGCUGAUGUUCCUCAGGGAGUGAUUCGAGUACAAGCGCCCCAUCUUUCGAAAGUUUCCAUGGCAAUACAGCUCACUGAAGAACUGAAAGCCAGUGAUGUUCUCGCCAGGUUUCUCAGCCAAGAAAGUGGAGUUGUCCAGACGCUCAAGAAAGGGGAAGUUUUUUUGUAUGAAAUAGGAGGAAAUAUUGGAGAACGCUGCCUUGAGGAUGAUACUUAUAUGAAGGACUUAUAUCAACUCAACCCAAAUGCUGAGUGGGUUAUAAAGUCCAAGCCUUCGUAGAAGACUUACACACUGAAGACAAUUACGUGGACUGACUUAACGACAAUUGUUGGAUUGCCGAAAAUGAAAGAAAUAGUGGGAUUCUUUUGUUAUUCUAAUAUGCCCUACUAUUAAUGAGUGACACUUUGAAGCCUUAUAAAAAAUAAAUCUCCCUUGACUUUGUUCCCGUUUGGCACAGCCUAAAGAAUAUUUUCCUUCUUUUUAAUAUGAUUUGUGCUCCUGCCAGAAUAAUGGAUUUUAUUAUUAUUAGGAAACAAAAGCCCCUUGAGUGAGAUACAGAGGAAAUUAAUUGGUUUAUGGCCUGUGUUAUGUACUCUGUAACAUGUGCUGGUUAGUGGAGGUUAUUGGAUUUAAUAUUAUAGGAAAAUAUAUGUGUAUGAAUUCCCACACCCCUUUCUGAUCAUAUAUACUCUGUACAUUUUUAGAUCCAUGAAUGAGGAUUACAUUAUUUUUAAAAAAGGGUUUUUUUUUCCUUGAUGAUAAUACAUUCCAAAUGUGACUAGUUAUUAAAAUAGUACAUCUCUUAGAACCAGCUGACUUGAGUAGCACAUCUUGGAAUGUUAGAAUGCUAAUGUUCACAUUAGUGAGGCAUUGUUUUAGCAAUUAUUUGCUACUCCUGCCAUAUCACAUGAGGUGAUUCAGAAAUUUUUUUGCAUAUAUCUGACACGUGCACAGAACUCUAUCCACUGUCAAGAAAAUGAGACUGUCAAAAACUGCCAAUUAUCACUGAGGUGUCGAAAUACUAAUGUUUGAGAAUAAAUAAAACAUAUCCACCACGAGGAAUGGGAUUGUGGAUAACAAGAGAGUGAAAGCCAAACCACUUAGAACGCUUUGUAUUCCUAUAAAUGGAAUUUAAAGAGUGGUAGCUGGUGCUCCGCAUUAUCAUAGCAGAAUUAGAAAUGUAUGUGAGGUCAUGUAUUGCAGUAAUGGUUCGAGAAUGCAUUCUAUACAGUUGCUGAGUCGUAAAAGUCUGCUGAUUAGCAUCAUUCUAGUUGGUAGGACCCAGUGCAUUUGAACAGGCUGAUAUUCAUGGACUUAUUUUAAAAAUAAUCAGAAUAAAUUUGUUAUAUGUAGUGGAAAGUACCAUUCACAGGAAUUUUAUCGCACAAACCAUAUUGUGACUAGAGAUCUUGAGACUAUACUGUAAAUAAGAAGGAUCAAAUGGAAGAGAAAUGUUAAAUAUUUUAUGAGUUUUGAGUGUAGUAAAUAAAAGGCAAUGUAAAUGAGUAACUCAACAAACUGUGUUUAUGACACUUUUUGGUAGGACUUAGGAAAAUUUAUACAUUUUAUCAGGAACCCUUGAUGUCAUUUUAAUUAAGAGGAAAGUGUUGUUAAGAAGAAGAGUUGUGAAUUUUCAGCGUAUAAUUACAAAAGCAUCCUGUGGAAAUGAUCACUUAAAUAACUGUGGUGAUUUCGUGCCAUUUCUCUUUUUUAUUAUUUAAAUAAGAUCUUUUAUAAUUAAAUGCAUUUUUCUUAAUCUA